CACGCUGACAGGACGCUUCAGUGGGUCAGCUGUCACAGACCUCCAAGCCUGCUCGCAAGAUAGAGGCGCUAGCCGGGUGAUCUCAUUCAACGCUCCACCUGAACGCGUUUGUAGGUUAUCCAGCAGUGGUCAAAGCCCUUGAGACGAGACAAGAAGACCCCGAGCAGCAACGAUGUCUAAGGACCCACAGGAAGGGAAGAGCGAGAAGAUCAUGGACGAGGAAACCAAAGCGUUGUGGUACCCAGACUCUAAGAAAAACACGCACAUGAACAGGUUCAGGGCACACAUCAAUAAGGAUUACGGUGUCGAUCUAGCCAACUACAAUGAUCUCUAUCAGUGGUCGGUGCACAGCUACCCAGACUUCUGGGCCGAAGUCUGGAGUUUCUGUGGCAUCGUCAGCUCCAGCCCGUAUGAGGAGGUGAUCGAUGUGACCAAGCGGGUGUCGGACGUUCCUGAGUGGUUCAAAGGAGCCAGGCUCAACUAUGCAGAGAACCUGCUGAAACACACAGACCUGGACAAGGUGGCGCUCUACGCUUCCAUGGAGUCUAACGAGGAGGUAACCAAGGUGACGUUUGGGGAGCUGCGGCGGGACGUGGCCCUGUUUGCGGCGGCCAUGAGGAAGAUGGGCGUGCAGACAGGGGACCGGGUCGUAGGUUACCUGCCUAACGGCAUCCAUGCGGUGGAGGCCAUGUUGGCCGCCGCCAGCAUCGGAGCCAUCUGGAGCUCCACCUCCGUGGACUUUGGAGUCAACGGCGUUCUGGACCGGUUUUCCCAGAUCCAGCCGAAGCUGAUCUUCUCAGUGGCGGCGGUCAUCUACAACGGCAAAACCCACGACCACAUGGAGAAGCUGACCAGUGUGGUCAAAGGACUGCCUGACCUGAAUAAAGUGGUGGUGAUUCCCUAUGCACGCACCAAAGAGGAGACAGACAUCUCAAAGAUCCCCAACAGUGUGUUUCUGGAUGAAUUCCUGGCCUAUGGAAUGGGCGAGGGAGACCAGUUUCCCCAGCUGGAGUUUGAGCAGCUGCCCUUCAACCACCCGCUGCUCAUCAUGUACUCCUCUGGGACCACUGGCGCCCCCAAGUGUAUGGUCCACUCUGCUGGGGGGACACUUAUUCAACAUCUCAAAGAACACAUUCUCCAUGGCAACAUGACCAGCAGCGAUGUCAUCAUCUAUUACACCACGACGGGCUGGAUGAUGUGGAACUGGCUGGUGUCCUCUCUGGCCGUCGGGGCUUCGGUGGUUUUAUAUGACGGCUCACCGCUCGUCCCCACGCCCAACGUACUGUGGGACCUCACAGACCAGCUGGGCAUCACUAUCUUUGGUACUGGAGCCAAGUGGUUAUCUGUGUUGGAGGAGAGGAACCUGAAACCUGUGGAGACCCACAGUCUGCAGUCGCUCCACACCAUCCUGUCCACCGGUUCUCCUCUGAAGCCCACGAGCUACGACUACGUCUAUGGCUGCAUCAAGAGCACUGUGCUGCUGGGCUCCAUCUCAGGCGGUACAGACAUUGUGUCGUGUUUCAUGGGUCAGAACCCCAGCGUCCCGGUGUACCGCGGUGAGAUCCAGUCCAGGAACCUUGGCAUGGCAGUGGAGGCCUGGAGCUCUGAAGGUAAGCCAGUGUGGGGGGAGAGUGGGGAGCUGGUGUGUCUGAAGCCCCUCCCCUGCCAGCCCACACACUUCUGGAAUGACGACAGCGGCGCAAAGUACCACAAAGCCUACUUCUCUACAUACCCAGGUGUGUGGGCCCAUGGGGACUACUGCCAGAUCAACCCUAAGACCGGUGGCCUUGUCAUGCUGGGCAGAAGCGACGGGACCCUGAACCCCAACGGAGUGCGUUUUGGAAGUUCGGAGAUCUACAACAUUGUGGAGGCCUUCGAGGAGGUGUGUGACAGCCUGUGUGUCCCCCAGUACAACGCGGACGGGGAGGAGCGGGUCAUCCUGUUCCUGAAGAUGGCCCCCGGCGAGGCCUUCUGCCCGGCCCUCCAGCAGCGCAUCAGGGGCCACAUCCGGAGGGCCCUGUCGGCCCGCCACGUCCCCGCCCUGCUCCUGGAGACCAGGGACAUACCGUACACCCUGAGUGGGAAGAAGGUGGAGGUGGCGGUGAAGCAGGUCCUGGCCGGCCGCGAGGUCACCCAGAGGGGGGCCUUCUCCAACCCCGACUCCCUGGACCUCUACAAGAACAUUCCAGAGCUGCAGAACUACUGAAGGAGGAGGACGCAGGGGUCCCCUGGUCCAGAGCCCGCACCCCCAGACCACAGACGGGGACGGGGUCUGGGGGUACAA